AUGCCAAAAUUAUUUCUGUUUUUAUUUUCAAUUUCAGUUGUAAUUGGAAUUUUCAUGAUGUAUACAAAAUGGUUAACAAAUUAUUAUCAACCACUGAUAAAAGGCAAAAACUUGGAAUCUUUUGCGUUAAUCAAUCGGAACAAAUAUAAUCCACCAAAAUUGGUGGAAUUCGGUCUUACCGAUAUACCAAAAUACCCCGGUGGAAAUUGGCAUAAAAAGCAUAAAAAUUGGGUUUUUUAUGCAAGUCGAGGUAGUCGACCUUAUAUGGAAGAUCGAAUGCAUUAUUUAAACGAUCCUCACCAUAAUUUGGCAAUUUUCAGUAUAUUUGAUGGACACGGAGGCGCGUUUAUAUCACAAUAUUUGCAAGAACAUUUCUCGGGGGCAAUUAGAAGACGUUUAUUGCGUGGUGGAUCCAAGCAUCAACCGAGGCUUACUUCAAAUUCUAAUAAUUAUGUUAUAGAAGCUAUAAUAAAAGAAAUACAUUGUAUCGACGAUAGAAUCUCGAGAUUGAAUCCUUCGCUUACUUCACUUACAGGCUCAACGCUCAUAUCAGUGAUAAUCGAGCGUAAUCGUUUUCUAACCAUCAUUAACGUGGGAGAUUCUAGAGCAGUUGCGUGUGACAUCACUGGACGCGCCAUUCCACUCUCAGCUGAUCAUAAACCGUCUGACGUUCGUACUUUUCAAACAUUAAUCUCACUUUUUUUAAAUAACUUGAAAAAGGUCAGCAAAAAAUAAAU